GAUGGCGAACCUCAUAGCACUCGAAUUCCUUACCAAAUCCUUGUUCGCGAACGGCUCAAAUGCAUUCACAUGGAAAAUUGUGACAUCCAGGCAGAUUUCAUUGAAAGCUUGCUUGGAAAUCAAGAAGCGGGGAAUGGUCUCAUACACAAAUUGGAGGAGCUUUCGUUCAUUCUUUGCAAUCUGGAGGUGUCUAUUCAAAACAUCAGGACUCGCAUAUCUAGUACUACGCCCACUGCGCCCAAUCUCCUGGCCUUGUUUCUGUAUCGUUCGGAGGGAGAAAAUAUUCAAAUAAAGGUCCUGGACUAUACUACACUAACAUUACGCCGGCUAAUGCCAACCAUUGUCCCACGUUCGUUCGGCAUUACGUCCUUGGAAUUGCAAGUCGGGUCCUUUGAAGAUGGGGGAAGUAUGUCCACGUUCUUGACAAAUUUAACAUUCCCAUUCCUCGGAAGGCUUGUUAUUCGUCUCGAAACAUGUCUAUUCGAUCUACUUGGAAGGUCAAAGGAGACGAGAUUGUACUUGGAGAUACUUGGAGGACCUCUAACGAUUGGUAACGCUCUCGCAGGACACCCUAUUUACACGAUAACAGAAAGUAAUGGUAUUCAAUUAUCAGAGGCCGCUCAAUUUGAUUCAAAUAAUGCCACCCACUUGUCGUUUCCUGCAUUGAAGGGCCUUAUUUUCAAAGGAUUCCUGUCAUUUCUCGAUACAAUCGAAGCUCCAGUAUUGAUGUACGCGAAGUACGAAUACGAAUGUCGUGGAAAAUUCAGAGACUACGGGGCCGUUCAUACAGCAUGGCUCAAUUCUCAAAUCAAGAAGUUACACCUUCAAGGAGUCAAAUUAGAUCUUAGCAUGAACCCGUUCGAACUCACAAACCUAACGUGGCUUUGCCUGGAUCGUAUCACCGUCGUCGGUCCAUUCAAGUCGUGGCUCUUUCUCCCCAAUCUCCGCACUCUUAUCUGGAAACUUGAUGAGGUAUUCCCAGCAACGAAGAAAUAUUUUGAUGAAGUUCUCAGUGAGGAUGGUAUAUUUGGGCCAAUGGGCAAUCUCCAUACACUUGAACUUCACUCUUUCCCUCUUAAGAAUGGUAAUCCUCACAUCGCUCGACUCCCGCACCAAAUACUUCUCAAUGGAAAACUCAAAUUUCUUCGCAUGGAGAAUUGCGAUAUCCAGAAUGAUUUUCUUGACAGUCUGCUGGGAACACAGGAA